GCCCGGGAGACCCCAGUGGCAUGAGGAGGCAGGAGGCGCUGGUGGUGACGGCAGGGUCGGCAGCGGAGGCGGGCCGCGACGGGGAGCAGCCUAGGCCCCCAGGGCUGGGUCGUACCGGCGGCCCCCAAGAGCCCCGCCAACCAUGGAAGACGUUUUUAUACUGUGAGCCCCAUAGGAGAAUCAAGGAGGUUUUGGAAGAAGAACUUUCCAUCAAGAGGGAUGAGUGCCAUGUGAAAAGCCCACCUGCAGUGGCCCUGGAUGGAAUUUGGAGCAUUAAGAGGAACCUGCCUGUGGGAGGCACGAUGCCAGGACAGCAGAGCAGAAACAGUUCACUCCCCCAAGCCAAGUACUACUCGAGGCAUGGAGGACUGAGAAGAUAAGAUGGACACCUUCCACAGAGAUGGGCCUGGCAUUCUCCUAAUGGCCAAAGACAGAAGAAUCUCAAGCUUGUUUCUCAAUUUAAGAUGUAUG